GCUGUGAAACCUGAGGGAACCUACAGAGACUAACACCUCGGGUAUCCGAUUGUUUGCUGGCUUGCAGGAACAGGGGAUGGAAGAGAAGAACCGGCUGUGGGACGGACAAGACACACACAGACACCCCAAUCUGGAUUCUGACAUGCGGUUCUCCAGACACUGGAUUAAAUGAAGGCCGGCAAACGUUCCCCUUCUUCUGAUGAGGCCUCUCGGCUGUCUGCAGAGCUGCAGACAAGACGUACGGCUAGCAGUCGCCAUCCUCUGCCUGACGGCUGGCUGGGCUCUGCCGACUCAAGGAGGAGAAGCAUCGUUGCUGGUCUCACAACCCAACGUGAACACCACGGUGGCGCAGAACGUUUUGCUGUCCGUUGCGCAUACCUUCGGGGGCUCCCCCGUCAUCAAGUGGACCCACACGUCACCCAGGGGCACGUCCAAAAUUGCCGAGUGGAAACCGCGAAGCUACGCCAACAUAUCCAGCGGCUACGUAGACAGAGUGAAGAUUUAUGACAACGGUUCUCUUCAGCUGCUGAACGUUGAUAUCAGAGAUACUGGUUAUUACUUAGUCACGGUGAGGGAAGAGUUUGGGAUCACCAUCUAUGGCACCAUCCUGUUGAAUGUUUAUGAGAUUAUUUAUGAAGACCUGCAUUUCGUAGCCGUCAUUUUUGCCUUCCUCACAGGUGUGUCUGCCAUUCUAGUCUGCCUCAUGUGGCUGUGCAAUAAAUUGAUGCAGCUGUUUCAGAAGGAGAGGCACCGGAUCAAAGCAAGCGCAACUGAAGAGACUGAGCUGCAAAUGAUGGGGUGUUAAAUGUGGAACGGUUUAAAUGUACAAGACAAUUUUCUACCUCAAAAAGGAACAGUAGUAAGAGAGGAGACAGGCACCCAGAAGACACAAGAUGUACGUUUCUUUUGUUGCAAGGUAUUUCCUGAACCAGAAAAGCAAAGAUUACCAUAAUUGGAAGCUGGUCCAGAGACGCUUUGAGAGAUACUGUGGUUUCACAGUAUCAUAAUUUACAAUGGACAGAACAUGUAAACAGGACAGAAUGCUUCUGUUAUUCAACCUGUAUCAAGAACAAAUGCUUAAAACUU